AUGGGGUGUGGGGGAUCAAAGCAGGCGGUGGCCGCAGCCAGCGCCAUUGCCAAAUCUAAGAGCAAGGCUUCAAAGGCCGCUUCGACCAAGAACAGAGAUGCAGAGAACAUCCCCCAGAAGGUGAAGGAGACAGAGGGUCAAAACGCCAAGUCCAAGGCGGUGGAGGAACAGGGUGGUGCCGGUGUGGGGGAGGUGGCCUUGCCCGAGACAAAGAACGAAGCGCCUGUGGACUUGAAGGAAGGGGCUGGUGAGGAAGUAGUGGAGGAGGCUAAAGGAGAAGGGAAGAUUAGUGAUGAUACUGCUGAGGCUGCCAUUUCGGAAGGAAUCCCUGGGAAGACCCAGGCUGGUGACAAGCCGGACAAUGCAGUGGAGGAGAAAGCACCGGUUGAAGAAUCAACUACAGAGACAAAGACUGAGUCUGUGGAGGUGAAGGAAGAGAAGAGAAGGAUGAGAAGGAAGUAGAAGCGGUGGUUCCAACCAUUGAGGCGGAGGAAAAAGGUACCGCCACCACCAAGUCCGUGGACGUGAAGGAAGAAGAGAAGAUAGCAGAAGUGGUGGUUC